AUGGCGGCUAGUAUUUACGAUAAUAGAAGGCAAGGAACACAGAGCAAAGGAAAAAGAGAUCAGAGAGAUUCAGUACGUUUCGCUUUGAGUGGGCUUUCAUGCAUGUGUGCUGCUACGGGUAAGCUAUUGUAUUUCAAUAUUUCGUGUAGCUUACGUAAGCUUAAACUGCUUACAUUUUAUUUGAAAUCUUCGCGUUCUUCGAUUUUUGGAAGGAACAAGUUGUCUGUUUGACCAAUGAAUAAGGCACAGAAACGGAAUUUUGGAGUGUUAUAAACAUUCUUGUGGUCAAAUAACCUGGUGAAAAUCACAAUGUAGAGGAAUAUUGGGAAAUUUUCCGGCCGAUCUAUAAUCUCCGUCCUUAGAUUUUACACACUUUGGGUUUUUCGAAUUUCUGGUUCUCUCGACUGUUCUUUCCUCGUAUAACUGAAACUUUUAAAACCACUCCUAGAUUUUAGGGAGGGAAUAAUAAAUUUGGCACAUCAAAUUAAUCACGAUCGACUUCCGUUCGUGACUUAAUUUGCAGCCUUGGUAUUGCAUCAUGCUAUGUUAGGUCAUUGUAAAGUAUUGUACACUUUUACAUCCAAAAAUUUGGUCGAUUAGCUUCAUUUUCCUUUAAGCGGUAGCAUUCCAUACGUAUAUCAGAAAACUUUCUUGUUGAUUCCAAAAAUCGACGUAAGAAAACAAUUAUUCUGUGAAAAUUUGGACUGUAAUUUUAUUAGUUAAUUCAACGAGCUCCCAGGGGCCCGUGUGUCGAAAAUCCCGGUAACUAUCAAAUAUUCCAAUCGCAAUAUAAGAAUAAGAGCGCGGGUCCUGGCUAGCAAACUACUCCAUUUUGUUUCAUUAACUGAUAGUUUUAUCAUAGUAGAUGCAAAACUAUUGAAACCUCUAUCUUGCAUGCUUUAGGGCCUGUUAUUUAUUGGGACUUUUGAGAAACGAGCCCCCUCAGGUCACAUAUUUGCCUGUUAAGAGCAACAAUGGUCGUUUUGUUUCAUAUAUCGCUCUCUACUGGGAGCUGGAAAUGUGGAAAUUUUCCCUGAUCAGUGACGCAAGCAUAUUGAUUAUAAGCAUAUCAUGGUCCUCACUACUGACGCAAGUAAAAGCAUGAGCAACAAAAGGUUAUGCUCUUGUAAGAAUAUUAAAACCUUGCAUUCUUUUGACUAUGCUUGUGUCUUGGCCCAAACAAUUUUGACAUAUUGUCGUUUAAAAUUGGUAUUGCUUUGUUUACAUUCUUUCAGUUACAAACCCUAUUGAUGUGAUCAAGACUCGCAUGCAACUGGAUAAUGAAUUAUGCUCCCAGCAUGAGAGCAGAAACAUUUUUCAUAAUCGUUAUUACCGUGGUUUAGUGAGAGGUGCUAUGACAAUUGCACAUGAAGAAGGGUUACAAGGUCUUUAUAAAGGGUAGGUUACUUUAUUUCUAUGCUGGAGACUUUGGUUUGUUAACUUAGGGUGCUUUCCAAAAGUCAGAACUGGCUGCACCGGUCAUUUUUAAAAUAUAAUUGAAGUUUUUCUUGAAAUUAUCCCUUAAACACACCAUUGCCAACCAAACCACUUACAAGUAGACUAACCUGGUUUGAUAGUGGCGAUUAUUAGUGGAAUUCUCUUUACAACUAAACCUGUCUGACCAGCAAAAUAUUAAUGGAAAGUGCCUUUUUGCUUAUCCUUGGGGAGGGGAGGGGAUUCCAGUAUGUGAGCUGUAAUUUAUUGUGUAGAUAUGUUUUUUGCCUUUGACUCUGGAGCAGGGUAUCAAAAUCACCCUUUAUCUCUGGGAGAGGGGUACAUGUAUAUAUGUAUAUUUUACUUCGGUUUGACUUGUAACAGGGUUAGUUUCCCCCCAUUAUUCCUGAUUAUACUUGAUCAAGCUUUGGUGUGAAACUACAUUCCCCUCUUUGUCUGAGUGAGCACUUUUUUGCAAUUCUUUCCUGUUUUUGUCCUCAGAAUCACUCCCUCCUUGAUGAGAGAAGCUUCAUAUAGUACUCUGAGACUAGGUUUAUAUGAACCACUUAAAGAAUUGUUUGGAGCAAAAGAUCGUGCCCACACGCCUCUGUGGAAGAAAGUCUGUUCUGGGGCAAUCUCUGGGGCUAUAGGGAGUGCGAUAGCAUGCCCCACAGAUGUUGUGAAAAUACGUCUUAUGGCAGUACCCUCAGGAAGUCGGUGGGAAUAUAGACAUACACUCCAUGCAUUUCAAGCUAUUGUGUCCAGUGAGGGGAUCACUGGGCUUUGGACAGGUGUAAGUGCGACUGUGAAGCGUGCGGCAAUUGUAUCAGCGACAGCUGUGUCCUCAUAUGACCAUGCCAAACAUACAAUCUUGAAUGCUCAGCUCAUGGAUGAAGGACCUUUGCUGCACAUUGUUGCUUCGUCAAUAGCUGGAUUUAUAACAAACUGCGUGGCUUCACCCAUCGAUAUGGUGCGCACCCGAUAUAUGAACCAGAAGAAGGACAAUAACAGGAAACCUAUACUAUACAGGGGCACGUUUGAUUGUAUCAUGAAAACAGUCAGGAAGGAAGGGCUCUUCGGUCUUUACAAAGGGUUUAUACCCAACUGGACAAGAACUGGCACUCACACAGUUGUCACUUUCUUUGUUUUUGAACAACUGCGAGCUUUUGUUGGUAUGGAUCCAAUUUAA